AUGAUUUUCAAAAGAAUUUGGGUCUCGCAGAACGCUCGUGAACAAAUGCCUAAAACCCGGAGGAAAAGAGUGCAGGCCAAAAAGAAACCUACUGCAUGCAAAUGUAAAUUUCCUUCCCCAAGUUCCUCUAGCAUUAUAAGUUUAACUGCACACUUUGCCCAGUUAACGAUGUGGUGCCCCCCCACGCCACCAGUGGAUGACAGCGAUGUGUACAUCGAUCAUGCCAUGUGUUUCCUCUACGAGCCCACCACCAUGUCUGAGGCCCAACUGCCGCCUGUCUAUGUCAAGAAGGACCGAAAACGCUCUCGAGUCGAGUCCACUAGUGAAGGCCGUCACCCAGUCAAGAUACGAAGCCAGCACAGGGAAGAGAUCACGAUGAUGCACGCCCCACGCUCGCUGUUCGACCGACCGUCUCCAGCUCUGGUCAAGAUGAGGCAUGAUCUGCGGCUUCACAAGUACAGGGGUGGUACUGGCACUCGGCCUACUCUCUCCGUGCCUUCCAGCCCCCUCGGACUCACCACUAAGCCGGUACAGCCUGUCAAACCGGUACCAGAACCAGAACAUGUGCCAGAGUGGCUCAUCCACGAGGACUGGGCGAUAUUGCAGGCGGUGCAGUUUGUACAAGAGCUGACACUGAAUCUGGUGGUGGUCUGUCCGGGUCACACACCCAACUGGGAGAUGGUGGCUGACAUGGUCAACAUGGUGUCUCGUAUCUAUCGAUCCCCUCGUCAGUGCAAGAACAGGUACGAAUAUAUCAUUAUACCAAGAGAAGAAGGAAAGGUGGUUAUAGAUGUGAAUUCAAAGAAGCAAAAGAAAACCAAGGGGGUUUACAAACUACCUCAGACUAAAUGUACUCGACCAAUAAAGACGUCGCAGAUGUUUCUUCAAGACAACAACACCUCAUUUACGCAAGUAAUGAACGCCAAGUUUGACUCAAUACGCGGGAUCUCCAACAAGCGUACGCCCACCAUGAAGCCAGUGCUCAACAACAGACCUGACAUGAAAAACCCUAAGCAUGCUGAGGUACUGGCAGGCUGCGGCAUCGACUACGACAACCCCAUGAGUCCGGUGGAAGUAGCAACACGUCGUGCUGAUCGUAUUAACAAGGAGAAACAGCUGGCUGCCCAGCAGGCUCAGCAGCAGCAGUUGGCUUUAUUGAGGAACCAGAUUGCAGGGCCAGCUAUCGGCACAGCUUCAGCAGCUGCUAUCGGCAAGACCAUCAUAGCUGCCAAUAACACCCAGAGUGCAACUGCGGCUAAGCCCUUCGUCCAGACCCCUCUCUCUGUACAG